AUGAAUAACGACUUGGAAAAAACCGCAGUCUAUUCAGAGUACCCCGUCAAGGAGUCAAACGUCUCAGUUCGAUCCUACGAUGUUGGAGACAUUGAUCCAAAUGAAGCCCCAGCCACAGGCUUCUCGGGCAAGUUCAACAAGAUGAUGAACAAGCUGAAUGCAGAAAUCAGAGGUAUCGAACGUAUCCCUGAAGAAGAACAAACAGAUGUGUCCAUGUGGAACACCGCCAGUAUGUUUUUUGGUUGUAACAUGGUUGUUGCAACUGUUUCCCUUGGAUGUCUUGGUAUCACCGUCUUUGGUUUGGAUUUCUGGUCUGCUUUUUUGACCAUUGUCUUCUUCAACCUUCUUGGUACUCUUCCCGUAGCCUUUUUCUCCACUUUUGGCCCCUACUUUGGUCUUCGUCAAAUGGUUCUUUCUCGUUUCUGGUUUGGUGCUUAUACCGUCAAAGUCCCUGCCUUUAUCAACCUUGUUGCCUGUGUUGGCUGGACCGCCGUCAACACGAUUGUCUCUGCCCAGCUUUUGCACACUGUCAAUGAUGGUGCUCUUCCUCCAUGGGCUGGUGUUUUGAUUAUCUCUGCAAUCACUUUUGUUGUUACCUUUUUCGGUUAUCACGUUGUACACCAGUUUGAAAAAUGGUCUUGGAUCCCCAAUGUUAUUAUUUUCCUUAUUAUGGCCAUCCGCAUGGGUAAAUCAAAACAAUUCACUUACGGCACCAUGGUUGGCGGUGAAACCACGGCGGGAAAUGUCCUGUCGUUCGGGGCUACAGUAUAUGGCUUUGCCACAGGCUGGACUUCGCUUGCGUCCGAUUACACGGCUUACAAGCCUAAAAAUACUUCUCGCACUAAAAUCUUUUUUGCAGUUUACGGCGGUCUCAAUGCGCCCCUUAUGAUUGCCAUGAUUCUUGGUGCUGCCAUGGCUAUGGGCACUGUAAAGAACCCCGCCUGGGCCGAAGCUUAUGAUUCCAAUAGUAUUGGUGGUCUUUUCUUUAUGGUUUUGGUUGAAGAUUCUCUCCAUGGCUUUGGCCAGUUCUGCGUCGUUCUUCUUGCACUUUCUACCGUUUCUAAUAACACUCCAAACCUCUAUUCGCUUGGUCUUACAGCCCAAACAUUCUGGGAGUCGCUCAGAAAGGUGCCUCGUGCAAUUUGGACUAUGGUUGGUACUGGAGUCGCCAUUGCAAUUGCCAUUCCUGCCUACUACAAGUUUGAGAGUGUGAUGCACAACUUUAUGAAUCUUAUUGGAUAUUGGUUGGCCAUUUAUACUGCCAUUUCAAUCUCAGAACAUUUUAUUUACAGAAAGGGUUUCAAAGGUUACAAUCCUGAUGACUACGAGAAGCCAGAGAAACUUCCUCCAGGAAUUGCAGCAGGUGUUGCCUUUGCUUGCGGUGCUGCUGGAACGGCUCUGGGCAUGGCCCAAGUGUGGUGGACUGGUCCUUUGGCCAAACCCAUUGGCAAGUAUGGUGGUGACAUUGGUUUUGAAUUGGCUUUUGGGUUUUCGUUGGUUGCAUUUAAUAUUUUAAGACCCUUUGAGUAUAAGUACUUUGGUCGUUAA